ACGUGGCCAGUUUGAAAACCACGACACCCUGGAAUCAUUGUGUGGGGCAAGUGUACAGUCUCGUGUGUGUUGGGUGUCGUUGGACGUGUGUUUGUGACGGUGUGUGUUGUGGCAUGGGGUAGUAUGGGGGCGGGACACAGCGCUGAGGGCGACGGCGGCGCCACGAGCGAUCCGCCCGCCCAUGAUCGACGAAAAACUCACAGCAGGAGGCGAAGGCACUCGGUGGACUCGGUCGCGUCGUAUUCUAGUCAGAAUCACGUUGACCGUAUAAGGACUCAAAAUUUCUCAGCGGCUUCUUGUCAAGACGAAGGCGACUUCGGGUCGAUCAAGACUAGCCUGUUUAGACGUUCAUCUUCUAAUCUAGAAUAUCCAAUUAAACGGCCAGAGAGCGUCACGUCCAACACAAGUUCCACAAGAAGCCGCCUCCGAGAACUUGUCGAAAGGAAAUCGGGUCAGGACGAACAUAAGCCCGCGGCAAACACCGUCGCUGAUAUACAAUAUUUUGAAAAUCCUUCAGAAACUCUUGAAUUUGACAAGCCACGUAACUCUCUAGAAUCAAAAAAGAAUCCGGACGAUCGCCUUAAAAAAAAGAAAUCGUCUAAAAUCAAAGAUUCCGAAAAUAAAAAUAAAAAACAAGAAAAAUAUCAAAGUAAGCUCGCUGAAUAUUAUAAAAUUCCUGUGCAACUCCCUCAAGACGAAUUUUAUCAACAUUUAACGCGGUCGAAAGCUGCCGAGGAAUUUCUACAAAAACGUUUUCCAAAUUCAGACACAGAGUUUAGUGGCAGUUACGGGCGACUAUGCAAGCAUAAAGAAAUAGAAGGAUCUAAUUUACGCCGAAGCCGAAGCUUGGCAGUAAUAAGAGAAGAGACUUUUACAGAUCUUCAGCUGCAAAACCACCCCAAAAGCAAGAGGUCACAACUCAUACCACGUGCUCGAUUAUUUGACAAGCCUUGUUUUAGAGACAGAUUAACUGGACGUACUAAAUACCAAACAAAAGAGGAAGUUUUAGAAGGAAUUUAUAUUGAUAGUACCGUCUCUUGUUUUGCUGAUAUAAAUAGAUCAAAACCAGAAGAAGAAUCUUUAAAUCAACAAGAUAACGAAGAAUCAGAAAAAAAAACGAAGAAAAGAUCAGAAAAAGAAGACACCAUAUCACGAAACGAAAGUCAUCAGUCAAGGUCCGUUUGCGGAAGUUGGCCAAACUUAAACGAAGAUACCAAGCAAACAAAUCUUUCUGAAGACAGCAUCGGUCACUCGCGAAACCCGAGUGAAAUAGAUAGUUUAGAUUCUAACUACGUAAGGAAGCAUUACAAUUUUGAAGCACAUUUAAAAAAUUAUAACAGUUCACCAGAAACAGAAAGAUCCAUUGCUUCACAAAAUCAUAGCAAAGAACUAUACAUAACUACUGAUGAUCACGAUAGUGAUAACGAAGUUGAAGAUCGACCUAAAACGCCAAAAUCUUUAAAUAAUAGUUGCGGCUCUGAUACACUUGGUGAACUAAAUAUCACUAAAGAAGUCUCAACUAAUUUUGAAGAAGAACCAGAUGCCUACGACGAAAUAUCAUUAAAAAGUAAACAAAGCGGAAAAGAAACCGUUAGUGAAAAUUUGAUCAGUAGAGAAGAGAAAGAGCAAAGCAAAGAUAGUGAUAAUCGAUCAGUUAUAUCUGAGAAUGAUGGUACUAUAUCUAGUCCAACUGAUAGCAUAACAUCCUACAUAUCUAUUUCUAUUGCUUCAUCUACUGAUAAAUCUCAUAAAUUAGAAUACUUAGCCAAUUCUCUUGCUGAAAAAAUUGAUGAAUAUUGUGAUUCACAUUUUCAGGAAAAUAUUUCACUGAAUUCAAAAACUAUUGAUUCUGAAAUUCAAACUCACGAAACUGAUCCAAUUUACACGUCUGUUCAGAAAAAAACAACAUUCGCUGAUAUAAAAAAGGACUCAAAUAAAAAUAACGAAUUUAGCCAAGACACGGUAACGAAGACACCAUCUAAUGAAUUUUAUGUAAGUAAUACUUUCAUUGGAUGUAACGAUUAUGAAAGAGAAGAUUACUGUACAUCUUCAAGGAAUAUAACAACUGAACCUUUUGUAACGACUCUUAUAGAAAAUCAAUACUAUUCUUUACCUGAUAUAAAUAUAAGUAAAUGUUUGAGAAAAUCUGAAAGAAUUGACGCUCGACUAAGGGAAGAAGAUCCAGAGGACAUUAUUUGUGAAAACACGUAUGAAGUAGCACAAACUCAUUUUCGCGAAAUAUUAUCCAAAAAAACUAACGAAAAUUACGGCCAUCUAAAUAAAGUCAACAUUUCUUAUGGUAACAAUAAGAAUAUUAAAGUAAAUUCUGGUGACUAUCUACCAGAAGAACCAGAACCACAAAUAAUUCAAAAUUUUUCAAAACUCGAAGACGACUUGAAGUCUAUAAUAACUAUAGAUAGCUCUAAUGCAGAUGACUCUAACUCUCUACAUUAUUAUCAAUUAGAUCAUCAUCAAAACGAAAGAGAAAUAAAUGAAAUAGAAGGAACCAUUAGAAACAAUAAAUUGAUUACUAAAUCUGAAAGCCUAAGGCUUGCUUCUAAUGUUAUACAUAAACCAGAAGUAAAAAUAUUAAAAUCUUUAUCAAACGAUAAUAUAAACAAAUCAAUACAAGGAAGAAAAAUAAAAACCGGAAUAAAAAAACACUAUUCCCUUCGACAACGUAACCCUACGGAUGAUGAUAAUUUUCGUCUACCCAGUCCAAGCACUGUAGAAAGGACUGUUAUAAAUAAAUCAGAAUCAUCUGUUUCUAAAUUGUCAUUUAGUGAGCAAAUAAAAAAUCAUUCGCUACUUUCACGAGUACAAUCUUUCAAAACAUCAGCUGAAUCGAAAAUUGCUAUUGUACCACUUAGCGGUCAUCAGACAAUUGUCAUUGAUCCGCCUCUACCACACAAAGAAUCCGAGACCAAAGAACAAACGAUUAUUUUAAACGAAGAGGUAGUAUCAAACUUAAAGCCAAAAGUUGAUUCUAGUAUACUAGAAACAGAAAUAAAUUCUAUAGAUUCAAACAAAAAGACAAAGAUCAAUAACAUAAAUAAAACAGAAAUAAAUGAUAACAUAGCAAAAGAUCCCUUUAUAACAAUUAAACUUAAAAAAGUUGUAAAAAAGACUAUUCCCAAAUUAAACUGUGUAACUUACGAUAAUACCUCAGUUACUCAACAACAAUUUCAAAAGCCUCCUUUAAAACUUAUUAUAAACGAUAAUAAAAAUCUGAAACCUAAAACCAAUUUGCCAAUCAUUAAAUCCGAAAAAAACAUGACGCGGCCACAAGUACUACAAGUUAUUGAUUCUAAAAGUAAAAAACAACAAAACAAAGUCAUAAUAAAUAGUCAAAGAAUUGAAAGAAAUUGCGAGACAAGAGAAGAAAAUAAAGACGUUAAAACAGAAAACAAUGUAAAAGAAAAGCUUAAUAACGCAAUAAAAACAGAUAUGGAAUAUCAAGAAAAAAUUAAUUCAGUUAAAAACUACUGGUCUAAACUCAUUGAUAAAUCUCCAGAAAAUACAAAUAAACAAGAUUCUUUGGAAAAAACAGAAAUAUCAGAUAUUUCUAAUGACGGUCAUAAUGUCGAAGAAAAUAAACUAAAUAAUGAGGAUACUAUUAACAUACACACACCAGAAGUUUCAGUUGGUAGUAUUAUUAAAUCUCUGGAAAGUGUUAAAAUUGUUGACAGUAUAAAGAAAAUAAGCCAAACAAAACUACACCUUUGGAAAGAUGAAUCAGAAAAAGUUAAAAGCGACACAGAAAUAGAAGAGACUCCAGUAGAAAAAAUUUUCAAGGAAAAUACAACUACUAUCUAUGACAAUCCUACGCCUGAUAAAAUACUUAAAAAACCUGAAACAGAAAUGACGAGAGAUACGCCAGAAAUUGAAAUAGUCGAAUUAAGCAGUGAAGAUAAUCAAAAUCAAAAGACACAAGCAACACUCAUUAAAGCAAAAGGUUAUGAAAAAGGAUGCGAUGAAUUCGACCAUGUCAGAUAUAAAGUUAUGAAGUCUGAAUUGUUUAAAAACAGUAUGAUAGCUAACUAUAGGAAAGAAGCUCAAUUUGAUGGUCUUUUACAAUAUCUUCAAGAUUACAGUUUUCAGGAAUUGCUUGUUAAUAAUAAUAUAGUAAUUAUUGAACCUGUAAGAACAAAAGUCGAACCAGCCCCCAGAAAAAACACAAAUACCGAAACGUGUAAAAUCCCCCCUACAAUGUUAAAAAAACAUGAAUACACUUCCCACGUCGAUAAAUCUAAAAAUGCAAUUCGAAGACAUUUUUUUUAUCAUCCUAUAAGGGUAAAUAAAGAAAUUAUAGAAGAAGAACUCCCAAACCCGGAUACAGUUAAAAAAGUUCGAAAUUUGUUUGAAGACACUUUAAAAAUGAAAAGUCCAAUGGGUCAUGACCCUCCUCUACUUGAAGAUAACUCUGGCCUUGCACGUCGAGCCACAUCCUACAGAAAUUUAAGUGAGGAAACAAAGAGUAGCAAAGUUAGUGCAAAGAAAAAAAUUAUAAAGCAAUUAACAAUUGAUACCAACUUUGGUAUUAAGAAAUGGGACAACGCUAGCCUUUCAAGUGGUGUAUCUAGUGGUGAUUUAAGUUCUAAUAACGAAUACGAGACAGACGGCCUUAGUCCAUAUUCACAAAAAACUCUUAAAGAUAAUGUAUAUAGUUCCAGCGAUGAAUACCUUUGUGAUUCAGCGAGUCAAGAUUUUUGUUGUGAAAGUCAAUAUGUCAGUCCCGAUAUUCUUAAAAAAAUUAGAGAAUGUGGAACUUCUGUUACUUACUAUGGCGGAAAAGUUUUGAACUCCAAAACAGGUUCUACCGUUAGUCCUAUGACUAAAGCUAUAAUGGAAGAAAUAAAAAGUUUGCAAAAAAACUGUAGUCGAGAUUGUUAUUCAUGUCAAACUAAAUGUAAAGGAGAGAGAUGUUCUUGUCUUGUGGCCGAUAAACAUCAACAAAUGGUUUCAGAAAAACAAACUACUGAUAAAUAUGUAAAUUUUGAAAACAAUCAGAAUCUAGAGAAAAAUAAACGAACGGAAGGAUUUCCGGGUUUUAAAUUCAAGCUUGUAAAAUCGAAUAGUUGCAGCAGUCGAUUAGAAUUAACUGGUACAGAUGAAACCAAAAGUUCCAGAUUCAAAUUUAGGAAACAGAAUUCAAAAGAAGACCCUCCUAUAGUAUACGACGAUGAAAAUUCUGUAAAAAAUAAAAUUUGCCGCUUAGAAAGUUAUAGCAAAGGUAUUGUUAACACACCAUUCCAACAAAAAGAUGGGGACAUCAAAUCAAAAACAAAUGUUACUAUUGAAAAUGGGCAAAUAAGUAAUUUAAAAAAAAGUAAAAUAUUUGAUUUAACGAAUGAAAUUGAAAAUCAAAAGGUAAAAGACUUAAAUUCAGCCAAUAUUAUUCAGGAAUCAAUAGAUGCUGACAAUUCCAUUCUGGCUAAUAAGCAAAUAAAUGAAGAUAAUUUCGAAAAAAAAUUUUACUAUGUUAACGAAAAUAAAGAGCAAAAUAGAGUCCCAACCGAAAAGUUUGGAGAAAUGGUAUUCGAAGAAUUCGAGGUUUUAGAAACGUGUUACGAUAGUUUAAAUAGUAAUAGGUCUUUAAAAUAGUUACAUGUAAUAAAAUUCUUUUGUAUAACGACUCGUGAUCUGUGCAUAUUUGUGAACGCAUUAAUUUAUUUACUUGUAAAUUUAGCAAACUAUUUACGUAUUUAGAAUAACUAAUUAUCUUAAUUAGUUUUAGUCAUAAAUCAGAUACUAUUUAACACUUACUGAUAAAUUUAACAUUGGACAAAACUGUAGUCCUGGUGAUGGUCUCUCAAUCUUUGUGUAUUAAAUAAUAUUGAAAGUCUCA